CCAGUCGCCUUUACGCAGCACGUACUGUGAUAGCUCAGGUCGAGCCCAGUGCACGUUCUGCGAACGCACAUAUUGCCAGCAUUGGAGAAAGCGACACUAACGUCGUCGUCGUCGUCAUCGCAAUGUUGUUCUUGGCACCCCGCAAGCAUCUCUUUGCCACCAAUCUGAUCAUCUUGCUAAUGAUCUAUGUGAUGCGCAAGUGCCUCCAACUAUUCUGCAUCAUUGAGAACCGGGCUUGUAAUAAUGAGGAGUGCUCGCCGCAAAGUCGCUGCGAGCAGCCGGAUUGCCCGGGAACGCCGCCGGAUUCCCCGCUUCCGCAACGGGGUGGCUUCAAACUCAUACCGGACGCCAUGCGUAAGACCAUGCAUGGCUUUGGCUAUGGCGAGGGACACUUCCAGAUCUUUGUGGAGAAGAAGGAGCGAAAUUUGCCCACCAAGUCGCGCUUAAAUGCGGCCACCGCCGAAGUGAAGCUCAAUCCCAAUUAG